CGAUAUAAAGCUGAGUAGUGGGUUUGAACAGGGACUGUAGAAAUGGAGGCGCGCAGGACUGGAUGUUUUGUUGCCCAGGCGAUUUUACUUAUCUUCGCUUCUCAGGCGCUGUGUGAAACAGUUUUGGACGAUGCUGUAACACCGGCUUCCACAGAAAUCACUGUGACCGUUCCUGCCGCCGUGGAGCCCGGAACAUGCUCUGAGACGGGAAACACCUGCUACAACUGCAGCAGCGCGCCGUUUUGCGUCCCUCUUGCCGACGGAGAUUUCCUGAAUGCUGGCCCUUACAAUUGCGCCGACGCGGAUCCCAGCAAGCCGUACUGUACAGACGGAGCAUGCAGCGCCUCCGCUAGCUCGGAAUGCUCACCCGAUGCUCCCGAAUCCGAAUUCCUGUGUACUGAUGACGGAUAUUUUCCUGACCCGAACGAUUGCCAGAAGUUCCACUUCUGUAUUGGGUCGACAAGCACAACUUUCACUUGCUCUGAAAACUUCGUCUACAGCCAUGAGAAGGUGUCUUGUAUCCGCCGAAGGGCCAGCUCUGAUUGCGCUGUCAUCAAAUGCACAUACAAGACCCAAUUUCAGUACGUUAUUUAUCCCAAGGAUCCUAACGUUUAUGGCCUCUGCGUUCGUGACAGUCCAACCAUAGUACUUAAAUGCGCCGAAGGAGAGGAGUUCGACAUCAAAACGUCCAAGUGUACGUUUAUCUGCAAGAAGGAAGGCCUGUUUCCAGUUAAAGGCGACAGUAGGAAAUACCGCGAAUGUAUUUCCAUCAGUUCCAACAAAUAUCAACUUGUCGAUAGGGAGUGUCCUGUUGGCAGUAAGUUCGAUUCUGACAAAGAACGCUGUGUAAUUGUUUCAGAAACGUAAUAAGGCCUAAUAUUUCCACAGUUUCACUUCCAACCUUACCUGUCCAAAUAAAAAUUGGAGAACUACCCUGAAAACAAUAGAACUGUUUAAGCAGAUGUGAAACUCCUGCCAUCUGUUGUUCCCCUACAUGUACUAUAAGAUGAAAAGUCAAGGAAUAUAAAGAGCAAAGAUAUGUAACACUCAGCAUGCGAUCACAAAAAGACGAUAGACUCGUAAAGUUCCAACAGAGGAUAAUAUUCUUUUAACCAUUUUCCAUCACAGAUCCCAGAAGUACUGACUUCCAACCGAUCCCCGGGCCGGUUACCUUUACUUACAGAAUAUUCGCACGGUCGCCAUGUUUCGGUGGCCAAGAAUGGAAACUAAUGAAAUACACGAUCUCCGUAACCUAAAAUUUCCUGAUUUUGAUACUUAGGCAGUAAAAAUUGAACUGUUUGAGAGGCGCUUGUAAUUUUGCGUGCUUCAUGAACGUAUAGGCAUAAUAUAAAAUCAUGUGGUCUCAUAUAGAAAUGUAAUGAUGUGUAUUGCAUAUGUAUCAAUGAGGGGAUCUUGAAAUUUGGGGAAGGUAUUCUGAGUUAUUACACACGACAUAUAUGUAUGGGUUAUGAAGUGACUGGCUGAUGUUAAUAAAACUUGUUGAAAUGUU